GGAGGUUUAAAACAUAAAACAAUUCCAGCUGGCUUCAUUAUCAAGCUAGGCAUUGUCAUAAUUGUAGCUGAUAUUGCCAGCUUGGGGCUUCCCCACAGAGGAGCGCGGGCCGGGCAGUGCCGCCCCUUGAGAUCUCCCACCAGGACCCGGUCGAUCGGGGUUGGGGUCUUGGGCUAGUCCAUGGUUUCAAGGUUGUGUGUGUUAGUCGGUCCCCCCUCUUCUUCAUAAACAACUUCCACCCUCGUUCCCCUUCAUCCUUAUUCACCUCACCAUGCCUUCUCCCACUCCCACUCCUCCUUCCCAACCACCAACCGGCUACGUCCACAACCUCACCUCAGACCAGUCCACCAAGCUCCGUCAAAUCUGGAGCGUCAUCCUUUACCUCAUCAACAACCACGAUGACACCACCGCCGAAAGCACUACCGCCCCAACAGCCGCUGCCCACCACCUGCCUUCCCUCGACACCGUCCAACCCAUCCUCGACACUCUCCCUCGCCACCCGCUCCCUUCCCUCCGCACCGGCCUCCUCAGUCUCGCCAGGCACGACUCUCCAGAUACCCUCCUCCUCCGCUUCCUGCGCGCCCGCAAAUGGUCCGUCCCCGCCGCGACCGCGAUGCUCCUCCGCGCGAUGCACUUCCGCCACACGCAGAACAUCGACGCCCGGGUCCUGGCCGCCACCGAGCUGGACGCCCUGUACGAGGCCACCGCACAACCACCGCAGACCCCUCCCAUCCCGGACGCCAUCGGGGCGACGACCGUGAAUACCACCGCGACGGACAGCCAGGCGUUCUUGAACCAGAUGCGCAUGGGGAAGGCGAUCGUCCACGGGACGGAUCGCCAGGGCCGGCCGGUCCUGCUCGUGCGCGUGCGGCUGCACCAACCCGGACAACAGAGCGAGGCGGUCAUCACCCGGUUCAUUCUGCAUAUGAUUGAGACGGUGCGCUUGACGUUGGUCGAUCCCGUCGAGACGGCGACAAUCCUAUUCGACAUGACGGGGUUUUCGGUGUCAAAUAUGGAAUUUGCGCCCGUGCGAUUCAUCAUCGAUUGCUUUCAGGAGAAUUACCCUGAGUAUCUGGGGACUAUGCUGAUCCACAACGCUCCGUGGAUCUUUUCGGGAAUCUGGAAGAUCGUCAAAUCCUGGAUGGACCCCGUCAUCGUCUCCAAGGUGCACUUCACCAGGUCCGUCGCCGACCUGGAGCAGUUCCUCGUCCCGGACAAGAUCCUCAAGGAGGUCGGCGGUCCCGAGGCCUGGGAGUAUGAGUUUGUGGAGCCCGUGGCGGGCGAGAACGAGCGUAUGACCGAGACAGCCACGCGCGACCGGCUGCUGGCCGAGCGCGAGGAGCUGGCCUCUAAACUGCUGGAGUUGACGGAGGAGUGGCUGGGCGCGGCGGAGCCGGAGAGUGUGGCGGUGCAGCGGACGGAGGCUAUUUCGGCCUGGCGCAAGCGGUAUUGGGUGGUGGAUCCGUUUGUUAGAGGACGCACGUGUCUGGAUCGUACCGGGGUGAUUCAGGAGGGGGGAAAGAUAGACUUUUACCCGGGGGUGGAUCAGCUUCAAGAGUAAUGGGGCUUAGAUGUAGCGUUGUUGUGUGCAUCUACUGAGAUUGUUCGAUUUGGCUGCUUCGUGGUAGCCUACAAAUGUAGUAGGUAGUAUGUGAGUCCCGUCCAGGUCCGGGUUGUGCAACCGGGGCGUUCCUUGGAUAGCAGGCCGGGUGACAUCGGCACGAUAU